AACCACUGCACAUAUAAACGCAUGUGUAUUUCACCCUUUUAAUGACAGGUAAAUGAACUUGUAAUUAAUCGUUAAACAGGUGUUGCCAGUAGAAUGUUGGUAAUAUUAGAGAAUUGUUUUUAACGUAAUUUCGGAGAAUACCUGUGCCUUUAUCGAUUUGCAUUGUUUCAAAUAAUUUUUCAAAAGUAUUUAAAUAAUUGUUAAAUUGAAGUAAUAUGGAUGAAAAUACGACAGAAACUUAUGACGAUGACAUACGAGAUCAACCAGUAGAUUACAGUAAAAAAUAUGUUGAAAGAAAUAGAUUAAAGCAAAAUCAUCUUUUGAAUGAUGUACAAAAAAAUCAGUCUGCGAAUGAGGAUAUUAAAGAAUGUGAAUCCGAAACAGUAUUAUUUGGGGAUUAUGCGGAAACAGAUCUUGAUCAACCAACGGACUAUAGUUUAAGAUAUGCAGAAAAUGAUACUGACGAAGAUGAAAAGCCAACUACGGAAUACUUUUCUGGCAGCGUGCAAGAAGAUACUAUUAAAACUUAUUGUACAGAAGGUACACCUUAUGAAACACCUUUUAACUUUUCCACUGCAACAUCUAUGUCCGAUUUAAGAGUCGAAGAUACAAAAGAUAACGAUCAUUCUAAAAAGAUACAAAAAAAAGGACUUGAUGUUAGACACAAGAAAAGCAUAUCUUUUGAGGAUAGAAGAUCAGAAGAAUGUCACGAGCAACAACAUUUGAUAACAGAGAAUACAGAGAGACAAAAGCAUAUUAUUAAUAUAAGUUCAAAUCAUAUGAUCCCUGAAAAACCAAUAAGUUAUUAUAAAGAGGAAGAAUCUAGUAGUUCUUCCUGCGUUAAUUCGCUCAGUUCUUUUAACAGCGAAAUAGCACAACGCAAUAAUGUAUCUGAAAUAAUAUCAAAAGUAAGUUUAGAGGAUUCUAUAAGUAAAUCAGAAACAGAAACAAGUAAUUCUAAUGUAACAGAAUUAAAUAGCAACGAAUUAAUCUCUGCUUCGAUAAGCAAUAGUCCUGUGGAAAUUAAAAAUAGUUCACGUAUUGUCGAUAAAGAAGGUACGUUUUUUAAAGGAAAAAUGGUAACAUUCAGUGGACAAGACUUUUAUGCUGAACAGACACCUCUAAUGUUUUCACGUUGUAGUUCUCUUGGUUCAUUGAGCGGUUUCGAACAGCAUUCUAUACACGAUGACCGUAGCUCCGUUGUCAGCGAUUUCAGUCGUAGAACAAGCGGAGUGGUCUCACCAAGUGAAUUGCCAGAUUCUCCUACCCAAACUGUACCACCCAGUCCCCGUAUACAAAAAAUUAAAUCUACACAUUUUAUGAAUAAAAUGCAAGAAGAAGAAGUAAAACCAUCGCAUUCUCAUUUAUUGUGUUCGAAAUAUGGUGUAAAAAGGACUAGUGUUUUCGAAGAUGACAUUGCUACUUUUAAAGAGGAAUCAACACCUAUAGAAUUUUCUACUGCUACAAGUUUGAGUUCUUUAACUAUUGACGACGAAGUGAAAAGUUCUGAUUAUACCAAAAGUGGAGAUAAAUUGGAAGAAAUAUCAGAACCGGCCCAUCAAAAUAUCGAAAAAGGUACAUCUUUCGUAAAAGUAAAUGUUUUAGAAGUUGAAAAACAACCAGAGCAAAUAAGUGACGGCGAUGAAGAUGAUGAAGAUAUGCUAGCUGCUUGUAUUAGCAUGGGAAUGCAAAAUAAUAGAUACAGACAAUCUUUAAAAACCGAAAGUAUUUCAAAAGCUACGCAUUCUAAAUCAUCGAGUGUCUUGAUGUCAUGUGACAAGAAAUCACCAUUAAAUAGAUCACAAGCUUGUGUUUCUGUUUCCCCUGGAGAGUCAUCGGCCGUCCCUAAAAUUUGUAAACCACCAAUGGAAAUUGUUGUUGUCCCAGAUACAGUACAUGUUUAUUGUACAGAAGAUACACCAGCGGGUAUCUCUCCUGUUGGUUCGCAAUCAAAUCUUUCAGUGUUAUCUAUGCCAAGCGUUCCAGAAGAUAUAGAGAAAAUCGAACCAAUUAAAUCUUCGGAACUUGAAUGCCACAGAAAUGAUCUUUCGGAUGAGAGUUAUAAUCUUUCUGACGAAGAUGAAAAAAUUCUUGAUGAAUGCAUUCAAUCGGGUAUACCGAAGGUGAGACAAAUUACCCCACCUCCGACGAAAAGUAUACCUUGUGUAAAAAAACCUGAGACCAUGCCACCAAAGUUUAAUAUAUGCGGGACACCUUCGUCAUCUCCCGUUGAAUCAACUUCCAACAAUAAAAAUCCUGUAAUAAUUAAACCUUUAUGCCAUAUGCCAAUGGAAAAUGAAAAGGAAUUCUCAGAUGACAGUCCCAAUCAUUCGGACGACGAAGCUAUUUUAAUAGAAUGUAUACAAUCUGCAAAGGCUAGAUUAAGAUGCUCACCAUCGCCAUUAUUAAAAGGAACUAAGAUAUCAAAACCUAGAACUCAAUGUCCCACCUCUCUAUUCUCAAGACUUCGACCAGAAAAAGUAGCGCAAGAACAUAAUACUACUUCGUACAGUUCAACGAGUGUAUUUUAUCCUACGGAAGAUAGUUACAGUCCUUCGGAGGAAGAAGAAGAUAUUAUUUUAGCGCAAUGUAUUCAAUCUGGCAUGCCAAAAGUGUUGAACGUACCAACUACGACAAUUCAAAGACAAGUUGCAACAAAAAAACGAGAAGAGUAUUUAAGAUCGAUGGGAUCGUCCAGUAGUUCCACUGCUUAUCUUCUAAAUAAUGCUUAUCCAAUUAAUGCCUUGUACGCACAACUGCCUUAUAAAAGUGUAGAGAACAGCGUUUCCCAUUACAUCGUUGGAAGUUCAUCUUGCAGUUAUAAUAAUUUUCCAACAAAAGCAUCUAGUAGUAGCUAAGAACACAGAUUAUUUAUUCGUUGAUGAAAUAAUACCAUCUAUCUUAUAUUAAAAGCAAUCAGAAAUUCUGGAACGUAUAAUUGCAGACACAAACUAGUUAAAUUAAGGUUAAGAUUCAUUCGAUAUUAAAGACUGAAUACAUUUUACAACGAUUAAAAACAACGAACAUAUUA